CUUCCAUAAACCCUAAUUUACCUUUUCCAAGUGAUUCUCGAAUUUUCAAAUUUCUGUCUUUUUCCCUUCUUCUCAAUAAAGAAAAGAAAAUUAGCAGGGACGGACGACAGACAGAGUCGCAUAAUAGCAGUCCAGUCGGACAACCUCGGAGCCUUAUUAGGAUUUAGGUUUUGACCGUUACGAAGAGGAAACAAGAAAAGAGGUGUUCUUUAUCUUCUUCAAGAUCCUCUUCCUUUCAUUCGCCGGCAGCUCUCUAGGGUUUAUACUUGCUUUGUCUGCAAACUGUGGUUCUUAUUAAGUUGUCGAAUCCUAAAGUUGUGGUACAUGGUUCGCUAUCGAGGGUUAUUUUGGGCACUUCAACGUGAGUGAGAUAGUGUGAAGAUCGCUUCUUCUCUACUCCACGCUCUGUUCAGUUCUCUUAGGUUUCAGUUUCAGCAGGUCUGAUUAAACAUGUGAUUCCUGCGGGGUUUGGAUGAAAUUGAGGGGAUUUAUGGCGGGGUUGUUAAAAUUAGACAACUUCGUGUUUGUGUCGUAGAACGGAACAGAUUAAAGGGGGUUGUGGGAGAAGCAGAGCUUCUUCUUGGGUAGAAAGCAAAGAUGAUUACUGAGAAACCCAUUUGGGUUAAACAUGAGGGAAUGCAGAUUUUCUCCAUCGAUAUUCAGCCUGGUGGCCUCAGGUUUGCUACUGGUGGAGGCGACCAUAAGGUCAGGAUAUGGAAUAUGAAAUCUGUCAGCAGGAAUUUAGAAGAGAAUGAUGUAUCACAGAGGCUCCUAGCAACUCUUCGUGAUCAUUUUGGUUCUGUUAAUUGCGUGAGGUGGGCUAAGCAUGGCCGUUACGUUGCAUCUGGUUCUGAUGAUCAGGUGAUCUUAGUUCAUGAAAGGAAGCCUGGUUCAGGAACCACCGAGUUUGGUAGCGGAGAAGCCCCAGAUGUGGAGAAUUGGAAGGUUACAUUGACUUUGAGAGGGCAUAGUGCUGAUGUGGUGGAUCUUAACUGGUCCCCGGAUGACUCCACACUGGCUAGUGGAAGUUUGGAUAACACUGUUCAUGUCUGGAAUAUGAGCAAUGGAAUAUGCACGGCUGUUCUUAGAGGUCACUCUAGCCUUGUUAAAGGAGUUGCUUGGGAUCCCAUUGGCUCUUUCAUAGCAAGUCAAUCUGAUGAUAAGACUGUAAUUAUCUGGAGAACGAGUGACUGGAGCUUGGCUCACAGAACCGAUGGCCACUGGGCGAAAUCACUUGGAUCGACUUUUUUCAGGCGUCUUGGCUGGUCACCUUGUGGCCAUUUCAUAACGACCACACAUGGGUUCCAGAAGCCGAGGCAUUCUGCUCCUGUUCUAGAGAGAGGAGAGUGGGCUGCCACAUUUGACUUCCUUGGACACAAUGCUCCCAUUGUAGUUGUAAAGUUUAACCAUUCAAUGUUUAGGACAAGCACCUCGAAUUCUCAAGAGGCUAAAACUACAGCAGUUGGGUGGACAAAUGGGGCUUCAAAGACUGCAAGCAAAGAGUCUCAGCCAUACAAUGUUAUUGCAAUUGGUAGUCAGGAUCGAACAAUAACUGUGUGGACGACUGCAAGUCCUCGCCCUCUUUUUGUGGCCAAGCAUGUCUUCAUACAAAGUGUUGUCGACUUGUCCUGGAGCCCUGAUGGAUACUCACUCUUUGCCUGUUCAUUGGAUGGAUCAGUGGCUACUUUCCAUUUUGAUGCAAAAGAACUCGGACAAAAGCUGAGUGAUACAGAACUAGGUGAGUUAAAGAGAAGCCGAUAUGGUGAUGUCAAAGGCCGGCAGGCAAACUUGGCAGAGAGUCCUGAACAAUUGUUGCUCGAGGCAGCCUCAGCUAAGCAGACAGCCAGCAAAAAGGUGGCUGUAGACAAUAAGCAAAAUGAGCCACCUGUAAAAUCUUCAUUUGAGUUGGUGUCCAUUACAAAGCCCCCUGAGCCCCAAGUUGAUGCCGAGAAGAAAGCUGGAGGAGUGGUCACUAAUAAUGAGGGCUUGAAUAAUAAAGUGUCAACUUCUGCUCGAGUUUCUAGCCCUGUGAAACAACGAGAAUACAGGCGCCCUGAUGGAAGGAAGAGAAUAAUUCCAGAAGCACUUGCCUUGCCAAGCCAGCAAAAUACAGUAGCUGCUGCAGGGAUCCAUGAUGCUCAAGCCCUUGACUUACCCUCUACAGCAACUGAUCACAGAAAGGAAGAAAAUGGGUUAGUUUCAAUCGAUGCUGUUGGCAAGCGGGAGGGACCACUUAGGGGAACAGUUGACCGAAUCUCUAAUUUGAAUAAACGAGGCGGGUUUACUGCUAGAGCUACCAUUACAGAGAGUUUGGUUAUUGAAAAGGCGGCUCCAGAAGCAUCUUCGACUGGGGACGGUGCAAUGGUCAGUGUUGAACAGUCUGGCAUGAAAGCGUCUAGCUCCCCUAGUGCUGGUAGUAGUACACUUUCAAUCAGGGUGUUCGAUAAGAAAGUAGGUGAAGACAACAUACCAAUAUGCUUGGAAGCUCACCCUAGAGAACGUGCAGUAACUGAUGUUUUUGGAAAUGCAAAGACUAGUACGAUAAAGGAAACUGAAGUUUCUUGUAACAGAGGGGCCCAAACCCUUUGGUCCGAUAGGAUAUCUGGAAAAGUAACUGUUUUAGCUGGAAAUGCCAACUUUUGGGGUGUUGGUUGUGAAGAUGGUUGUCUACAGAUCUACACAAAAUGUGGGAGGCGCGCAAUGCCAACAAUGAUGACAGGAUCAGCCGCAACUUUCGUAGACUGCGAUGAGAACUGGAAGUUGUUGUUGGUCACACGGAAGGGAUCUAUAUAUAUAUGGGAUCUCUUCAGGCGCAGUUGUCUUCUUCAUGACUCGUUAACAUCUCUGGUCAUUUCAGAUCCAAAAUCCACUGCUAAAGGCACAAUCAAAGUCAUAUCAGCCAAGUUGUCAAAGUCGGGUUCACCUUUGGUUGUUCUGGACACCCGCCAUGCUUUCCUCUUUGACACGAGUCUUAGGUGUUGGCUGAGGGUGGCAGAUGAUAGCUUUCCUACUUCUAAUUUUGCUAGCUCCUGGAAUUUGGGUUCUGUUCAUAGUGGUGAGUUGUCUGCAUUGCAAGUCGAAGUCAGAAAAUACAUGGGCAGAAAGCCUUCUUGGAACAGAGUGACGGAUGAUGGAAUACAGACGCGUGCCCAUUUGGAGGCACAGUUAGCAUCAAGUUUGGCAUUGAAGUCCCCAAAUGAAUACCGCCAGUGCCUUCUGUCAUACAUACGCUUCCUAGCAAGAGAAGCAGAUGAGUCACGAUUGCGUGAAGUAUGCGAAAGUUUCCUAGGACCUCCUACUGGAAUGACGGAAGCAGCAACAUCUUCUUCGGACACCAAGAACGUGGCUUGGGAUCCUUUUGUACUUGGGAUGAGAAAGCAGAAACUCCUGAGAGAAGACAUUCUUCCAGCAAUGGCAUGCAACAGAAAAGUACAGAGGCUGCUCAAUGAAUUCUUGGAUCUCUUGUCCGAAUACGAAGGUGCUGAGGCUGACACUAACAACAUUAGUAAGAAGAAUUCUGCCCUGCUGCUACCUGGACCCCACGAGGCAACGGAAAAGAUGGAUGUUGACCCGCGAGUACCAAAUAAUGAGACCGCUCUUCAGCAAGAACCCAUAAAACCAGUGACCGAUGCUGAAAAGGAUCUUGCUCUGAUGCUUACAGACAAAGGCCCGUCUCUGAGUGUCAUUACAGGUGACGACAACAAGAACCCUGACGAUCUGAGUGUCUCAAAGGACAAGAGUCUCUGUGUCAUUACCGGUGAUGACAAUAGGAACCCUGGCGACCCGAGUGCCUUAAAUGACAAGAACCCAGAUGAUCCUCCUGCCUCAAAUGACAAGAACAUCGAUGAUCCGAGUCCCUCAAAUGACGAGAACUGUAAACAGCCGCCAGUGGAGCAAGUGGAUUCUGCACUAAAUACGGAUUUAGUUGCCGAAGAUUCUCUUGCUGAAGAAGAUUAACCACAGAAUAGGACUUAGUAGUACAAUGGAUAUAUAGAUAGAAAGCUGCAAUUUGUUGCUGCCAUUUGCAGCUUCCCUUAGGGGGCAGGGGAAGGCAGCAUCUGCUACUACUGUGAAUUAUUUCUUGGCACUUAGUUUUUAGUUUGCUGCAGCAGCUUAAUUUGUAAUGUAAUAGACACUACUUCUAACUGGAUAGUUGAAAGUUUGUUUUUCUUUACCUUUUGAUUCUUUUGGACUAACUGUAAUCAAUUGAGC